CAGAUCAGAUGUGCCUAAUUGCUCAAAGGGACUAGUUAGGCACAGUACUCAAGAUAAAGGCUAGGACAGCAAAAAUCUGAUAAUCCAGAACCUUGGGAAUAUAUAUUUUCCAGAUAUUGAAUGUUAUUUCUAUUAAUAUUCAAACACACAUCUAUUUUAUUUUUUUAAACGUUGUACAGAAGUUAUAACUUAUUUUCCAAUAAACCCAUUUGAUUCAAAGGGAGCAGGGAAUAUACAAGAAUCAUUACCCUGGUUUAACCACAAACCUGCCCAAGUUCCUGACCCUUGAUGUUUUGGACCAUUGUCCUGUUCCAGCAGCGCACUUGGUCAUCUAGUUUGGCAGUACAACUCACUUGCAUUUGAUUAUCUUAACCCUUCCUGACCCUUCUGCUUUGAUAAGAUUAUCCCUAAAUUAUAUCAACUGAUUUUUUUUGUUAGUCACUUCCUGUAAUUACAGUUAUAGAUUAAAAUUUCUCAAAGUAAUAGAUUAAAAUUUCACCCAGGCUAAUUCAUUUUCAAUGCAGUGAAAAUGGUAUUUCACAGUUUUUUUUUACCCUAGAUUGCUUUGGCUCUGUCUCUGUAAGCUCCACGACCGUUGGACUAAGUGUGUAAGUGUAUGAGGGGAUUAUGUUGAAAAAUAAAUGUACUAGGUUUUCUAAAAUUGACGCCUUUUACCUUAGGCCACAAACAAAUCAAUCGCCCCUUGUAGCUCUCCGUGGUUAGGAUCAACCCAUAGACUACAGCAGUGGUCUCCAACCACCGGGCUGCAAAGCAUGUGCACCGAGCCGCAAGAAAACGAUACGAUUUGGUGAUAUGAAACAAUAUGAGUCAGCUGCACCUUUCCUCAUUCCCUGUCACUGUUAUGCAUACUGUUGAACGCACGCAAGGUCAUCAGUCGGUCAUUAACUACAACUACUCGAGUAAAAAACAAACGUCGCUUGAGAGUUUCUUUGGAAGAGGUGGUAGGGGACAUAAAAGACCUAAUGAUGAUGAUAACGCAGAGACAGCUGAGGCCGAGACUGCAAAAAAAAAGAAAGCUUCCUUCUACAGAAAAUACGAUGAGUGGUACAUAAAAUAUGGCUUUAAUGCAACCGGUUACUCUCACACUCCAAUCCUCCUAAAUGUGAUAUGUGGAGACAAACUGUCUAAUAACCAUAUAACAAUUACAGCACGGAAACAGGCCAUCUCGGCCCUUCUAGUCCGUGCCAAACGCUUACUCUCACCUAGUCCCACCUACCUGCACUUAGCCCAUAACUCUCCACUCCUUUCCUGUCCAUAUACCUAUCCAAUUUUUUUUUAAGUGGCAAAAUUGAAUCAUGAGGCAGAGAAGCCCUCAAAACUGCUUCGGCACCUUGAGUCCAAGCAUCCUGCACUUAAAGACAAACCCGUUGAGUUUUUUGAGCAGAAAAAAUGUGAGCAAGCAGGAGAGAGCCACCACCUCCACAAAUGCUGCUGCUCUGAGAGCAUCGUACUUAGUGGCUAGCCGUAUUGCUAAAGCUAAGAAGCCUUUCACUGUGGGUGAAGAAUUGCUUCUGCCUGCUGCCCAGGACAUGUGCCAUGAACUGUUCGGAGAAGCUGCAGCUAACAAGAUGGUACAGGUUUCUCUUUCAGCUACAACAGUUUCAAGGAGAAUCGAUGACAUAGCUGAAGACAUCGAAGCACAGCUGUUAGAAUGGCUUAACAAGUCACCAUGGUAUGCUGUCCAGGUCGACGAGUUUAUCAAUGUCGACAACAAGGCAGUAUCUGCAGAUUUCCUCUUUCCAUUUUAGGAAAAAUUUGAAAAGGAUCAUCUCGGAACUGUAUGUGCGUGACAACUGUCAUCCUUUCAAAGCUAGUCUUCUUGUCUGGGUCCAGCUGCCACUUUGGAUAUGCAUCUCUUUUGCUUUGAGGAACCUGAGUCUAGCGUCAUCUGAUCCUUCAGCAGUAUCUGGUGCUCAGGACCUAUCAGUGGGUGGCACACUCUGGUUUCCUGAUUUGACUUUACCUGAUUCAACCUGGAUAAUACCCAUAUCCUUGGGGCUCAUUAACCUUUUAAUAGUUGAGAUUUUUGCUCUCCGGAAAAUUGAAUUGUCAAAAUUUCAGAAAUACGUCACCUACAUGAUCCGUGGAUUUUCAGUGCUGAUGGUUCCAAUUGCUGCAGCAGUCCCCUCGUCAAUGGCUCUCUAUUGGCUGACAUCCAGCUGUGUGGGCCUUGGACAGAAUUUGCUGCUGCGUGCUCCCAGUGUUCGCGCACUGUGCCGGAUUCCUAAGAUGAAGUCUGAUUCAGACACUCCCUUCAGAGACUUAUCUGCAGGAUUUCUUGCAAAAUAUUUCCCUAGAAAGUGAUCAACAGAAGAUGUGUGCAGAAUUCAAGUUGUAACUGAAUGGGAUGCACCAUUUUUUACAAGCUGAUUUCUCUCAUAAGCUGCACCAGACAUGCUCUGCACCAAGCAGCCGUAUUUGUAUUGAAGAGAUCACAUUCCAAGCUAUGCUGGUCCUUGAGGGACUGUAAUUAUUAAAGAGACUUUUUAAAAUUAUUUUUUUUCCACAUCCAAGGUUACUCUUGAACAGAGGAAGUGAAAUGAAACCAAAUGCUGAAUAAUUGCACAUUGCAGUUUGUACAGUUUUAGUUCUGCAUCAUAAAUAUUUAUUGAUGAACAUCUGGGGAGUGUUAUUGAACCUAUUUAUCUGUAAUGUCAGUGUGUCUGUAUUUUCAUGCAUUUGUCUUCCAUAUGUUCAUUAGACUGAUAACCUCAAUGCCUGGCUGAUUGUGAUGGUGACUGUUCUGACUAUUGUAGUGCACUAUUUCCUUUCCCCUCUCAGAAUGUAUUCUGAUAAGCCCACCCCAUCAGUUCAUUAUCAUAAUAUCCUAUUCAUGAAUUGAUUUAAAUUUUGACAAAAGAGAAUUGCAGUUGUGUCUUGACAUUAAAUCAAAAGAAUCAUUGUCCAAUAAAUACUGGAUUUUUAUCAUCAUGUCAAAUAAAUAUUUGCAAUGUUUUGAAUUUAUGUAUCUAAAAAUGGACCUCUCACCUCUCAAAUCAGAGCAUCCUUGAACUUGCAGGCCAAAAUUGGAGGUAGUAUAUGUGGUUGUAACAAUCUGUUUAGCAUGAGAAGUUUUUGACAUUACUCAGGGCUCCAUUUUUCUUUCCGAGAUGGAAGACUAAACUAAAUGGCACCUUGCUGUUGGUUAUUUUACUCUAACUUUGCAUCUAAAAGUCAUCACUUUAAUAAUGCAGGUGGAUCCAUUUUCAGUGACUUUAACUUAUGAAAUCAACAUGAACUUCUGACUUCAUGAUGCUUGGUGCUCAAAGUAUUUCAUUCUGGUCAGCAUUACAUUUCCCUCCCUGUUGCGUUUAUUCACUCUGGCUUACUUUUCGACUGCAGAUUUUGCAAUGUAUCAUUGAGCAAUGGAAACUUACAGCAGACAUUGAAUAGGUAAUAUAUAGCAAUGUGAUCUUCUACACCUCCCUUCAGUCAUCUUUCAGCUGUUUCAGAUUCAGCUUGCAGGUCUUUUACUACCGUGAUGUUCAAGAUAGCAAUUGGCAGGGUUUAUAGUGUGCUGACUGAAAUGCUGUUUCAGCAGUAACUCAUGAAAGUAAUAUUUUACAGUUGGGGUUCACCUGCAUGUUGAUUGGGUCUGAAACUGACCUUGUGACCUUGCUAUAGUUUAUAAAGCCAUUAAUUGCACUGGCCAUCAAUAAAUUUCUCUCUUAGAAGUUUUGUGGUAUUUUUUCAGUGGCACACUGAUUUCUAGAUCUGUGCUCUUUUGACUAUCCGUUCUUAUCAUACGAACUGGAAUUUGUCCUCCAGGAGAAUUGGAGUUAAAGAAAUAUCACCUCCAAAAAUCACUUUCUUGGAAUAAUUACCAGCUUCUUUUUUUGUAGUACCACUCCCCCUGAACAGAAUACAGCAGGAAAGACUGUUGUUGUUGGUCCUUCGGAGUCGAAGACGACCACGACUUCUGUCAGGUGGAGGGUUUGUGACUGUGGGUCCGGAGGUGACUGGUGAGGCCAAUCUGGGCCCUGAAAGCUUGCCCACAUGUGGGACACAUGAGGAUAGGUGCUGCAGUGGAAGUGGAGGUAGCUUGAGCCUUGCACGCGGUGCGUUUCCUCCGAGCCUCUACAGUGCUCCUGAUUUCUGCUGCAUACGCUCCUUUAGUGGUCCUGCUCCAACAGGUUGGGCGGUCCAGAGCAAGCGAUUCCCAGCUACUGGGAUUGAUGUUGACAUCUUUGAGGCAGUCUUUGAAACGUUUCUUCUUCCCUUCAACUGAGCGCUUCCCCUGGCUCAGCUCUCCAUGCAGCAGCUGUUUCGGUAGUUGACUGUCAGACAUCCUGACGACAUGGCCAGCCUAUCUGGCUUGGGCUUUCUGUAGGAGGGUGUAGAUGCUGUGGGUGCUAGCCCGCUCCAGGACCUCCGUGUCUGGGACUUUGUCCUGCCAUCGUACGUGGACAAGUCUGCGGAGGCAGCUCAAUUGGAAGUGGUUGAGCUGUUUAGCGUGUCUGCUGUAGACAGUCCAGGUCUCGCUGGCAAAGAGGAGGGCGGUGAGAACCACUGUUCGGUAGACCUUCAGUUUGGUGGUAAGGCUGAGUCCUCUCCGCUCCCAUACAUUCUCACGGAGUCUCCCAAAGGCGGCACUGG